CGCGUUUUCUUUCGUCUCUUUCUUCUUCCUUCCUACAAACUUUUUCUUCAUCCCAACCUAACAAAACAACAAAACGACCACCCAAACUGAGUUUCGCUCCGUCGUUUUCAAUUUCCAGUGCUAACCCCACUGUGUUUGCGACUACUACGAUUUACAUACAUUUCCAACUCACGGACUCCACUUUCCUCGUGAAUCACACCGUCACGGGUUGCCGCGUAUUUUUCACGGUCAAGACGUUGGGGUUCGGUGGAGGUUUUCUCGGGGUUUUCCGCGCAGCUGUUGGGCCAAUCUAUGUGUGGUCCUCGUAGUAGCUGCUUAGGGUGUGUUGGUGGUGCUGGAUGUGUGUGGGGUGCAGGAUAAAUGCAUGUCACCGGGGAUCUAGGGUUUUCGAGCCUGGUCCUUCUGGUGGUUUGUCUGGUGGUGCCGGUGAUCGGCCUCGUAAUUAGCCGUAGAUGGCAGGUUUCGGAGGCUAAAAAGGAGGAGAUCAGGAGACUUCUGGUUUUGGCAGCGGAGGAAACUGCCAGGGCUGAGAAAGAGGCAUUCUAUGGGUACGGCACGGCAGCUACUACUGCUCCGAGCAAUCAAUGUGCCGUGUGCUAUUUCCCUGCCACCGCGCGCUGCGCUCAGUGCAAAUCAGUUCGCUACUGUUCUUUUGAGUGUCAAACUGUUCAUUGGCGGCAAGGUCACAAGUUAGAAUGCAAUCCUUCCAGCACAAGCCACCAGAGUUAUGAUGUAACAAGUGAUCUUGGCAGCAAGGUGAUAGAACAAGGCUACUCUGGAAUAUAUGGUGAGAAGUCAGAAAGUGAAAGUACAGAAUGUAAAUCAUCCUCUGAAAAGCCUUCGAUUUCUGAUAUCUGCUUUUCUCCCAAAGUUUCAUCUCAGAAGGAUGAAAAUAUCAGAUUUGAGUCCCUUACAGAGGGGAAUAUAACAGAUUCUAAUUCGGAAUUGUCCAGUAAUUCAUUUUCUGGAUUCUCAGCUUCCACAGGUUCCAGUGAUUCUUCUGAUGAUUCCUCUGUCUGUGAGAGUGUCAUUUCAAAUGAGCAUGACAGAUCAGAGGGACAUAUUUUUGUUGAUUCCACCCUUGACAAUCCUGACAAAACUAAUGACAAUAGCGAGGGGGUAACCAUGUCUUCUUCACCGAAGUUUGCUACUUUGGUUGAUUCAAUAGAUGGUUUUUCUACAAUGCAUAAAUUAAAUCAUAUCGGACCUGGUUUUAGUAAAGAAGAGAGGAAGUUUGCAUCAAAUGGUAAUUCAGGUUCAGAUGUGUAUAAGGAGAAAACACUUGAUCCUUCUACAGUGUUUUCUGGGUUCUGGGAUAAAGCACUAGAUGGGAUUAAAGAUGAUUCUAAGAAUGACACUCAUACAUCUUAUUCUGAUGAAUCAACGGGUAAAAGGACUGUUUCUGAAUCUUCAUUUCACUUUUCAUUCAGUACCAUUCCUCCUGCACAUGUACGAGAUAUCAGGACAAAGGGUUCUGAAUCUGAUAAUGCAUUUCCAAAUUGUAUUGGGUCUGAGAAUGACAACAUGAACUCUUCAAAGGAGAGGAAAUUCUUGUUCUCCAACAGCAAAGUUUCCAAUGAUCGGAAUUAUGUUACUCUAAGUGGUUCUGAAUCUGAUCAUUUGGAAUCGAAAGACAGCUCCAGACCACCUUUAUCAUCUUUCUCCCAUCAAUCCUCCAGUGCUGGCAAAGGUUCAGUUUGUGCAGAUGCUUUGAGCAUCCAUAACUUUCAAGCGACUGGCACUAAGGUAACAAAUCAUGUUGUGGAAAACCGUCGCAGCACCUUCAAGUCCACUGCGAUUAAGCAUGACCGUGCUGAUUCUAAUAUAGCUUCUGAAACUAAAGAAAAUUCUCAUACUGGUACAAAACACGGGAAUAAUGACGAUGAAUAUGGCACUCAGGCUGUCACUUCCUCUCGUGUUCCUAGCUGUUCUGCAAAUUCUAGAAGUGGUAUAAAAACCUCUGUUUUGAAAGUUGUUGAUCAGUUUAGAGGAUCAAAUAUGUCAAAGCACUUUCCAUUCUCUGUUGGGAGUGAGGUUGGUGAAAGACACCAUGACAAGGUUUUUUUUCCUUAUGAAUUAUUUGUCAAGCUUUAUAACUCGAACAAGGUGGAGUUAUGCCCAUUUGGCCUUAUAAAUUGUGGAAACAGUUGUUAUGCUAAUGCUAUACUUCAGUGCUUAGCAUUUACGCCGCCUCUGACUGCUUAUUUGCUUCAAGGAUUACAUUCUAAAUCAUGUGUAAAUAAAAAAUGGUGUUUCACCUGCGAAUUUGAAAGAUUGAUUUUGAAGUCAAAGGACACAAAAUCUUCGGUGUCUCCUAUGUGCAUAAUCUCUCAUUUACAGAAUAUUGGAAGUCAGCUUAGUAAUGGGAGAGAAGAAGAUGCACAUGAAUUUCUUAGGCAUGUUAUUGAUACAAUGCAAUCUGUUUGCCUUAUGGAAGCUGGGGUUAAUGCAUCGGGCUCCUUAGAAGAGGACACUACUUUAAUGGGUCUAACAUUUGGUGGUUACCUUCGAUCAAAGAUAAAAUGCAUGAAAUGUGGAGGGAAGUCUGAGCGUCAAGAAAGGAUGAUGGAUCUGACUGUUGAGAUAGAAGGGGAUAUAACAACCCUGGUGGAGGCUCUUCAACGGUUUACAAGCACUGAGACUCUGGAUGGGGAAAACAAGUACCACUGUGUCAGAUGUAAGUCUUAUGAGAAGGCCAAGAAGAAGCUGACAGUUUCAGAGGCACCCAAUGUUCUUACUGUUGCAUUAAAGAGAUUUCAGUCUGGGAAAUUUGGGAAGCUCAACAAGCCUAUUCAAUUUCCUGAAAUACUUAACUUGGCACCUUUCAUGAGUGGGACUAGUGAUAAAUCACCCAUAUACAGAUUGUAUGGGGUAGUUGUUCACUUAGAUACCAUGAAUGCUGCCUUUUCGGGUCAUUACGUGUGCUAUGUGAAGAAUAUACAAAACAAGUGGUUCAAGGUUGAUGACAGUGUGGUGACUGCUGUUGAAUUGGAGAGAGUCUUGACAACAGGAGCAUAUAUGCUUUUAUAUGCAAGGUGCUCGCCUAGGGCUCCAAGAUUAAUCAGGAACAGAAUACUAUCCUCAGAUUCAAAAAGUAAAGUCAGCGGAAAAACUCUUGCAACGAAAGCAAGAUAUACAUCUACGAAUUCUGGUGUUUCUGAACAUGUCAACAGUUCCAUCUCUCCGGAUGGCUCACCUGCAUUCGAUUCUUUCUAUUCAAAGUUUCACCACCUGAAAAAGAUUUUAGAGGAAGACUCGUCCAGUGAUAAUUCAUCCCUCAUUAGCAGCAAUUCCGAUGAAGGUUCUUGCAGUACUGAUAGCACCUGUGAUUCAGCCAGUACAGAUGACUUCACAGAUUAUCUUUUUGGUGAUUCAGGAAAUGGGUGGAGUAGUGUGUGGAGGAAUUCUGAUUCUGACACAUCCUCGUCCUCCUCAUCUUCCCCCUUAAACUCUCGACAUUCCCCACUCUCUGAUAUGGACCGAUACGAUUCAGUUUCUCCUACUGCUAUUCCCACAGGUUCAAGAGUGGAGAAAGACAGUCAUGUAUACAGAAAUGGAGCGGUGAGUGUUGAUCGGAGAGGGGUGGGUGUUUCUUGUUUGCAUUCUAACACAAGUUCACAGCAUAGAGGGUUAGGUAGUGGUAGGAUUAGUAGCAAGAUUAGUAGUAGGGAAACUCACUCUUUUGUGAAAGUAGGAUCUAACCUUUGUAAUGAUACAGAAUGUGGUGUAUUAUGUAGAAAGUAUAGAACGGAUUAAAAUUUAGUAAAAUAAUGAGGGGAUGCUCAAUGUAUAAUGUAAGAACUUUGAGGCGGCGUUGUUUUCAGAAAGGAAAAUUAGCCACAUCACUUUGCCAAUAACUUAA